AUGAACAAACACGCAGACACAGGUAAACCGGGACAAACUUCCCCACCCCGCCACGCCCGGUCGAGCACCGGGGAAGUGUGUUCGUACUCGGUGGGGUGUGUGGACCCAGAAGAGUGUGUGAGGGUGUGUGGAGCGGAGGUGGGCUGCUCCAACAUCGCCUUCCCCAAACUGGUCAUCGAACUCAUGCCCAGCGGUCUGCGGGGGCUGAUGAUAGCAGUGAUGAUGGCGGCUCUGAUGUCAUCGUUGACCUCUAUCUUUAACUCCUCCUCCACGCUCUUCACCAUGGACAUCUGGAAGAAGUACCGCGCGUACGCCUCGGAACGGGAGCUGCUAUUGGUCGGCAGGAUAGUAACAGUGAUUCUGGUGGUGAUAAGUGUGGUGUGGAUUCCAAUCCUGCAGUCAGCCAAUAGCGGACAGCUCUACGUUUACAUCCAAUCAGUGACCAGUUACCUGGCUCCACCCGUUACCGCUGUCUUCUCAUUGGCUAUCUUCUGGACCAGAACCAACGAGCAGGGAGCGUUCUGGGGUCUGAUGGUGGGGCUGGUGGUCGGUGUGUGUCGGAUGGUUCUAGAAUUUGCUUUCCCGCCUCCUCGUUGUGGUAUCCAAGACGACGCCCCGUCCGUCCUGCGCUCCGUUCACUACCUUCACUUCGCCAUCAUCCUCUGCUUCCUGUCUGCUGCCGUUGUCAUGGUGAUAUCACUGCUGACUCCGCCCCCCACUGAAGAGCAGGUGCGUAACCUGACGUGGUGGACUUUGACUCAGGAGGAAGAGGGAGAAAUACCACUCCAGAAAGUCUCCUCCAUCAGCCACCGAGAGCAGAGACCCCAGGUCCACGGUUCUGCUCCGGUGCGGAGGGCGGUCUGCGGCCGCGGGGCGGGGCUCUGCAGCUCAGCGGAGGGGCCAGCAGUGGAGGUUCCGUUACCCAGAAUCCCCAGCGUUAGAGAGAGUGUGUUUUGGUCUCGCUUCUGCUGCGUCAAUGCCAUUCUGCUGAUCUGUGUUAAUAUAUUCCUCUACGCUUACUUCGCCUGACCUCUGACCUCUAACUGCUGUCCCAGUAGGAUACUUCCUGUGGGUGUUUCCAUCUCUAUGUAAAUCAAUGUUCUUAUGGUUCUAGAAGAUGUAUCGUUCUAGAAUGUUACGGACCUGUGAUGUCACAGUGGGUAGGGUCAUAUUUAGUGUAUUGUAUAUGGACCUCUGAUUGGUCAAUAUUGUGUCCUUGUGUAUAUGAGAUUCGUGAAUAAACAAGUGGCCACGUC